UGACGGCGCCAUGACAGCAUCCAGUCUCGCCGGGUCGCUUGGUCGCUUUUCGGCCUGGGCGUGGAGAACCGCAAGAUCACCCCUUCUAUAUCAUUGUUGGAAGACAGUAAGUUCUUCUCAAGGAACUUUUGAGCCUGCCAAACAAUCCUUUAAGAAGCCAAAAUUACCAGUAGGCCGUUUUGAUGCACCAGAGGAUUCCCGUUUAGAGAAAGAGCCACUGAAAAGAUUUCCAGAUGAUAUUAAUCCAGUUACCAAAGAAAAAGGUGGACCCAGGGGCCCAGAACCUACCCGAUACGGAGAUUGGGAACGAAAAGGACGCUGUAUUGAUUUUUAAAUACAUGUUCUUUAACUUCAGUAUUUUUUCUGAAUAUGUACAUCUUAAUUACUUAUUUCAGAUUAUUUAUAUCCUUUAAGUCAUCUUCUCAUUCCUAUCAUGUGUUUAAAAAAAUAUAUAUGAUGGCUUUAGAAGAAAAUAUGCUGCUAUAAAUUAGGAAAGGGAAAAUAUUUUUAUAUUAGCACAUGUUAACUCUUAAAUAUAUUGGGGUGUGUAGUGUAUGAUUAGAGCUCCAAACCUUUAUUUCAGCAUUUUUCCAUUUGAAUUACUCAGUUGCUUAUAAAAUGUACAUGUAAAUAAAAUAAUUUAUUUAAAUGAUUGUGCUGUUGUGGGCUACAUGGUAGUAGCUUUUAAAAUGUGAGUUAAAUAAUGCAUUACACUUUGAGAUAGCCACAAAUGACAAAAAAAAAAUUUAACU